GGUAACAACGGAAUUUUCCCAGCUUGAAUAGUUCUCAGCUUAAAAAGAAAAGUACAGAUGGCCUGUCCAUAUUUCACUUAACAUGAGGUGAACUCCAUGGGAUCUUGAGAAGAGAUCUUGAAAACUGAACUUAAAAUGGCGUUGGAACUGUUUUAUUAAUCUGGAUGUUUUUGAUUCUGGACGAAUCAAAGCUGACAGAUUUAAUAAACACCACAUAGACUCUGCCACACCAUGGGAUCUUGAGAAGAGAUCUUGAAAACUGAACUUAAAAUGGCGUUGGAACUGUUUUAUUAAUCUGGAUGUUUUUGAUUCUGGACGAAUCAAAGCUGACAGAUUUAAUAAACACCACAUAGACUCUGCCACGCUUCAGACUAGGAAGGUUCUGAUUGGAUCAGCAACAGCAAUGUGUUAUGUGAUUGUUUACCUUAGUAAAGUAUGUAUAGACGUUAAUAAAUUUUCAUUGUGGUUAUUUAUAUUGGGGAAAAUAAAAGAAAUGUAUAUUGGUUAUGUAUCUUAGGUGGAAAAUAGGGUGGGCUAAAAUAAGCAUUGCUUCUGCCUAUUCUUUUUUUUGGUUUAAAUUCAAGUUGUUAAUAUUGUUGUUUUGUUUGAAAAGAAAAAUGUUAUGUUAAUGCUAUAAACCAAAAUAAAGACCGAAAGAAAGAAAGUGUAUCAGCGUGUCUAGUGACUAAAAUAAGUCAUUUACUUAUUAAAAACAUAUUAAUCAUAAUAUUGUGAUUUCACAGAUCGCUCACAUUGUAUUAUUGACUAACAGUUGUUUUGAUUAGCUUUAUUGAAAAUAGAGUUCUUUGAUCUGAUAAAAGAAAAGAGUCUUCAUCUUCUGUCUUCAUUGCUGGAACGUAAACACUUUAGAAGCGAAUGCAUGACCUUGAGGCUGUUUCAUGCACUCUGGCGCUGUGUCAAAGGAACUGUGGUGAGAGGAUAAUUAACCUUGAGGAAUGGCUCCUCCAUCACGUUACACUAUAAUGUUAAUAAAGAAUAAGAGCAGCAAAAAAAACGAUGCCUGGGAAGGUAAAUGGAAGUAAGGUCAUUCAUGUUUCUGCAAUUGUUGUUGGGUCAGAUUUUUUCUACCAUGUAAAACUAGUUUCUCACGUUUCGAUGUCAGUGGUCACCAAAUUUUAUUGUCCCGUCAGACGUGCUUUACUGGAAUUUCAUCUCAACCUGAAGGAGCAAAGUUCAGCAAACUAACCGUAAAAGGAGGAGCAACGAGAAUUGUUUUAUGACUGAUCAGAAAUGAAAGAUAAGAUAUUCGGAGCUUCAUUUGAGAACAGCGUGUGUGUUGCCGUCUGAAGGAGAUUUAAGCUGAGUUCAUCGUUUCUUUUCCAACAACUGACUCUAAUAUCGAGUUCAGACAUGUCUGCUAGCAGCAGCCGGAGAUCUGACGAUCAGUUUCUGUGCUCCAUCUGCCUGGACGUGUUCACGGAUCCAGUCACCACACCAUGUGGACACAACUUUUGUAAGACCUGCAUCUCCCAGCACUGGGAUUGUGACACAAGCUGCCAGUGUCCCGUCUGUAGAAAAGUGUUCCAGAUGAGACCUGAACUGGAAGUCAACACCUUACUCAGAGAGAUGGUUCAUCAAUGCAGAGUUGAAACCAGCAGCAGCUCAGAGGAACAAGCCGACAACAUUCAGCAGAUGAUCCAGAACAGACGCCUGAAGAUUCAGGAGAUCAAAGAGUCGGUGGAGAUCAGUAAAGAUGCUGCAGACAGAGAGAAAGCAGAAGGUGUUCAGGUCUUCACUGAUCUGUUAGAGUCUGUUCAGAGAAGCCUGAAUGAGCUCAUAGAUGAGAUCGAAGAAAAACAGAAAACUACAGAGGAGCAGGCUGAAGACCUCGUCAGUGAUCUGGAACAGGAAAUCUCCGAGCUGAUGAACAGGAGCUCUGAGGAGAAUCAGCUCUCAUGGUCCAAGGACUUGACAGCUGUCAGAGUUCUUCCUUCAUCGUACGAGGAGACUGUGGUGACGGUUUUGGAUCAGCUGCAGGAGAAACUCGAGGGAAAGAUUAGGACCCAGUUGGAGCCGAAGAAGAAGAACCUGCUGCAGGCUGAGCUGAAGGCAAUGCAGCAGUUUGCCGUAGAUGUGACUCUGGAUCCUGAUACAGCGCAUCCUUACCUCGUCCUGUCUGACGAUGAAAAACAAGUCUACUGCGGUGAUGUGUGGAGGAACCUUCCAGAUGGUCCAGAGAGAUUUUCUAACUGUUAUGGUGUUUUAGGCAAACCGAGUUUCUCUUCAGGCAGGUUUUACUUUGAAGUUCAGGUUGAGGGAAAAACUGAGUGGGGUUUAGGAGUGGCCAGAAGUUCCAUCGGCAGGAUGGGAGAGGUCACAAUGAGUCCUGAAAAUGGUUGCUGGUCUGCUUGGUUAAUAAAUGGAACCCAUUACGUAGGCGGUACUGACCCUCCAGAAGAUCUGUACCUUCAGUCUGUUCCCGAGAAGGUGGGAGUGUUUGUGGAUUAUGAGGAGGGUCUGGUCGCCAUUUACGAUGUAGAAGCUCCAGCUCGGAUCUGCUCCUUUAAUAACUCUUGCUUCUCUGAGGAACUCUACCCUUUCUUCUGUCCAUGUGAUAGCCAUGGAGGAGAAAACUCAGCACCUCUGAUCAUCUGUCCUGUCGAUCCAUCAGAAUCUGUUUGUUAAAACGUUCUGAUAUGAGUAGAUGAAGUCCUGCUGGUGGAGAGGUGAGGUUAGAAACAUCCUCAGAAACGUCUUCAGUUCAGAUGGAUUUCAGUUUAGAUUUUUGUUCAAAACAAAAUAAAAUAAAUUUCAGUUCUAUUAUGUUUUCAUCUAAUAUUUUUCUCCAUAAUGAUCCACAACAAUAGUUCAUUCAUCUAUUCACUCUGUGAAAGAUUUGAUCAUUUUAGUAGAAUUUUUAGCCUUCACUGAACAUUACAAACCGUCAUGAUGUUGACUAUUUUCUUUCUUUUAAACUCAUUUUUUAAAUGAUUCUGUUUAAUAAAAAUGUGUUUUGCAAAGGCA